AUGGUCCCCAAGGUUGGAAUCAACGGCUUCGGUCGCAUUGGCCGUAUUGUCUUCCGCAAUGCCAUUAACCACGGCGGUGUUGACGUUGUUGCCGUCAACGACCCCUUCAUUGAGGUCCACUACGCUGCCUACAUGCUCCGCUACGACAGCACCCACGGCCAGUUCAAGGGCACCAUCGAGGUUGCUGGUGACGGCCUGAUCGUCAACGGCAAGAAGAUCACCUUCUACGCCGAGCGCGACCCCGCUGCCAUCCCCUGGGGCAAGGCCGGUGCCGACUACAUCGUCGAGUCUACCGGUGUCUUCACCACCCAGGAGAAGGCCGCGCUUCACCUGAAGGGCGGUGCCAAGAAGGUUAUCAUCUCCGCUCCCUCCGCUGAUGCCCCCAUGUUCGUCAUGGGUGUCAACAACUCCUCCUACAAGUCCGACAUCAACGUCCUCUCCAACGCCUCGUGCACCACCAACUGCCUGGCUCCCCUCGCCAAGGUCGUCAACGACAACUUCGGUCUUGUUGAGGGUCUCAUGACCACCAUCCACUCCUACACUGCCACCCAGAAGACUGUCGACGGUCCCUCCGCCAAGGACUGGCGCGGUGGCCGCACUGCGGCCCAGAACAUCAUCCCCUCCUCCACCGGUGCCGCCAAGGCCGUCGGCAAGGUCAUCCCCUCCCUCAACGGAAAGCUGACCGGUAUGGCUAUGCGUGUGCCCACCGCCAACGUCUCCGUUGUCGACCUGACCUGCCGUAUCGAGAAGGCCGCCACCUACGAGGAGAUCAAAGCCGUCGUCAAGAAGGCCUCCGAGAACGAGCUCAAGGGUAUCCUUGGCUACACCGAGGACGAGAUCGUCUCCACUGACCUGAACGGUGACGACCACUCCUCCAUCUUCGAUGCCAAGGCUGGUAUCGCCCUGAACUCCAACUUCAUCAAGCUCGUUUCCUGGUACGACAACGAGUGGGGCUACUCUCACCGUGUCGUUGACCUGAUUGCCUACAUCGCCAAGGUUGAUGGCCAGUAG